GCUUCUGAUUAGAGUGAGGGAGGAAAAAGACACCACAACUUCAUAGAAAACUACAUCAGAACCAUUUCGGAAUGAAGCAGGAAUGGCUGAGACUAUUCUUUGUCACAAUCAGCGGCUUCUUGAUUUUUCUCUCUGCCAGAAACAAUACCAAACUUCCAAAGCAACAAACAUCAAGUGAUCUUGGUAUGGUUAUGGAUCCUUGCAUCAAUGUUACUGAUGAUGGAAACAUAUCUUUAGCACUGAGAACAGGGCGUGAGCCUUUGAAAGCUCGUUCAAUCCAAUCUGAGUUCAAACGCAAUCCAAACCACUUGAUCUUUGCUCGAGUUCCAAAAACGGGUACAACAACUCUGACUUUUCUAAUGCGCGAAAUAUUUCGACACACUUACGUAAAGAAUGUGACUAAUCCGGGAUUUCGGCAUUCCUCAACACCAAAACAUCAGGAGUUUUUCGUCAAGCGCUAUUUUUCUCGCCCAAAUGAAAAGAAAGCAUUCUUGUCGCACAUCCGGUUCAUUGACUUCCGAGCAUUUAAUCGAACACCACCAAUUUGGAUAUCUCAAGUUCGUGAUCCAUCGGAAAGGUUUAUUUCUCGAUACCAUUUUGUGCGAAGACGAGACCGCUUAGGUUUUCAGACUUUACUGAAGAAACGAGGACUUUUGGAAGCUGAAAAAUGGCAUAAUAUGAGUGUGGAUUAUUGUGUUAGCCGAGGCCUACCUGAAUGCAUUCUGAAACCUCGACAAGAAUACGAGCCUUCCCCUAUCACUUAUUUAUGUGGCUUUGAUUCCGAAUGUUCCCGCCACGGAUCUCGGUGGGCUUUAGCAAAAGCGAAAGCAAAUGUUUUGGAGCAUUUCUCGAUGGUGGGUGUUUUAGAGGAGUUUCAACAAUCCCUGGAGAUUAUGGAGAGGAACGUCCCCCAAUUAUUGCAAGACAUAUCGAAACAGGAAGUUCCAAAGAAAAACGAAACUCCCAGGCCAAAUCACAUCAAUGAAACAACGAGAGAGAUUUUAAAAAGCAAACUAGCUUUGGAAUAUGACUUAUAUGAGUUCAUAAAAGCGACAUUUUUAUCGAGGAAUUAAACAUUUCUGUAUUUUU